CCCUCGCCGCUGGUCGUCCCACCAAGCCAAUACUGGGAUGGAGAUAAUGGAGCCUGGUCAUCAUUUGCUCUCAGAGUUGGAACACCACCACAGGAUGUCCGGGUCCUCGUGUCAACUAAUUCCCCGGAGGCGAUGGUGGUCGUACCGCUGGGUUGUACGACAACAGCGGUAAAUCCUGUGCCGGCAGAUUGUGCCAAUUCGCGGGGCGGGCUUUUCAACACCAGUCAAUCAUCAACGUGGCAGGAGCAAGGCUUUUUUGGCAUCAACGAAAAUGGUGUCGGAUUUGAAGCAGAUCUGGGAUAUUCGCAGAAUGCCGAGUAUGGCCUGGAUACGUUGGGGUUGGGAUUUACUGGGGGACCAGGUGGACCGACGCUGGAGAAUCAGACUAUUGCUGCGAUAGCUUCUGUGUCUCCAUUCUAUACAGGAAUAUUUGGUUUGAGCACACAGCCAGUCAACUACAGCACCAUUGGAAACUUCUCGGCACCUUCAUAUUUCACGUCUUUAAGAUCGCAGAAGCUUAUCCCAAGCCUAAGCUGGAGCUAUACAGCUGGGGCCAAAUACCGUCUCAAAGCCGGGCAAUACGCUCAACUUAUCUUUGGAGGCUUUGACACUUCACGAUUUACAUCAAAUUCCGCCAGUUUUACGUUGGCCGGUGAUAUCGAUCGUGAUAUAGUUGUGGGAAUUCAGUCAAUAAUUUAUAGCGGAACCACUCAAGCGAACCUGCUCUCUACUCCAACCUACGCUUUCAUCGAAUCAACUGAUCCUAAUAUCUGGCUUCCGGAAGCGGCGUGUCAGGAGUUUGAAAAGGCGUUUGGGAUUUCUAUUGACGAAUCUACCGGCCUUUAUUUGAUGAACACCACGCAAUAUGCCCAACUCGAAGCCACCAAUGCUCAAGUCACGUUCACGCUAGGCAACAGCUUGACGGGAGGUGAGACGGUUAAUAUCAUUCUUCCGUUCAGUGCAUUUGCUCUUCCAGCAUCCUAUCCACUCACCUCGAAUGACACAUACUACUUUCCCCUUAAGAAGGCAGCCAAUGAUAGUCAGGUCACUUUGGGGAGGGCGUUUCUCCAAGAAGCGUAUUUGACCGUCGACUAUGAGCGUGGGAAUUUCUCAGUAAGCCAAUGUCUAUGGGUUGAUGGCGCAGCAUCACAAAUCGAGUCCAUCCUCUCGCCAACAUACCCAACAAAUAUUUCAUCACCUGCUCUUCCUGCCUCCAAUGCUGCAAAGAGUUCUAAUCACCUUUCGCCUGGCGUUAUAGCGGCUAUAGUAAUCGUGGUAGUUUUCGUCGUUGCAGCUGUCCUGGGACUGGCAUACUAUUUCUUUGUCUACCGACACGUCCCUUCCAAUGCUCCC